AUGGGUGUCACCAAAUUCACUGAUGAGCACACUUCACCAACAGUGGCACCAACAGUGGCGGAUCUACGUUGGGAGAUCCGCCACUGUUCACCAAUCCCUCCAUCAAGGAUCUUCAAGGCUUCCAUUAUUGACUCCCACAACUUAAUCCCGAAACUGCUGCCACAAGCUAUUAAAAGAGUUGAAUUUGUCCAAGGAGAUGGUGGUGUUGGAAGCGUUAAGCAAAUCAAUCUUGCUGAAGGUAGCAGCUUUAAGUCUAUAAAGUAUCGGAUUGAUGAGCUUAACGAGAAGACAUUUACAUACAAAUACACAUUGAUUGAAGGCGAAGCCUUGAUAGAGAAGCUUGAAAAGAUAACUUAUGACGUCAAGUUUGAGAAAACAGUUGAUGGUGGUUCCAUCUCUAAGGUGACUAGUGAAUACUACAUUGAAGGUGAUUUCAAGCUGAACGAAGAAGAAAUCAAAGCAGGAAAGGAAAGGGUGUUGGCUAUGUAUAAAGCUGUGGAGGCCUAUCUCCUUCAGAACCCUGAUGCCUACGCUUAAUCAGCUUCCUGUUUUCUUGUUUUCCU